ACAAACAAACAAAGAAACAAAAAUUCAUAAGUUUUCUCUGCCAACAACGUUAAUCUGAUCGGAAAGAAAGAAAGAAAAGAAGUUGUUUGUUGAGUUGUCUGCAAUGGCGGGAGGGUCGAUGGGGGGGCCCACCGGGGUGUCGAAGGAGAGGGCAGAUGAGUAUAAAGGAAGAGUGACUGCAUAUGUUGUAAUUUCAUGCCUUGUUGCUGCUAUUGGUGGAUCACUCUUUGGCUAUGAUAUUGGAAUUUCAGGAGGGGUUACAUCAAUGGAUGCAUUUCUUGAGAAAUUCUUCCCCGAAGUAUAUAGAAACCAAAAGCAUGCACAUGAGAACAACUACUGCAAAUACAACAACCAAAGCCUGGCGGCGUUCACAUCAUCUCUUUACCUAGCUGGUUUGGUGGCAUCGAUUGUUGCGUCUCCAAUAACACGUAAGUACGGCCGUCGAGCGAGUAUAAUAUGCGGUGGCAUUAGUUUCAUGAUUGGAGCAACUCUUGAUGCUUCCGCUAUGAAUCUCCCGAUGCUCAUUCUUGGCCGUAUUAUGCUCGGUGUUGGCAUCGGAUUUGGCAACCAGGCAGUACCGCUAUACCUAUCAGAAAUGGCGCCAACUCAUCUCAGAGGAGCAUUAAACAUGAUGUUCCAAUUAGCAACAACGCUCGGAAUAUUCACCGCAAACAUGAUUAACUACGGCACGCAAAAGCUCCAGCCGUGGGGGUGGAGGCUCUCUCUCGGGCUCGCAGCUGCGCCAGCUAUUCUCAUGACAAUAGGAGGCAUUCUCUUACCCGAAACCCCAAACAGCCUAAUCGAACGAGGGUUCCAAGAAAAGGGCAAGAGAGUUCUCGAGAAAAUCAGGGGCACAACCGACAUUCACGCGGAGUUGCAAGACAUAAUCGACGCGAGCGAGCUUGCGAACUCGAUCAAGCAUCCUUUUAGAAACAUACUCGAACUGAGGAACAGGCCGCAGCUUAUAAUGGCGAUCUUCAUGCCGACUUUUCAGAUACUGACGGGUAUUAACUCGAUUCUUUUCUACGCUCCGGUGCUGUUCAAGAGCUUGGGAUUCGGAAGGAAUGCGUCGCUGUACUCGUCGGCUUUGACCGGAGCUGUUCUUGCUUCGUCGACAUUCAUUUCGAUUGCGUUGGUCGAUAAAUUGGGCCGACGGGCUUUGUUGAUCACUGGAGGGAUUCAAAUGGUUAUCUGUCAGGUGAUAGUGUCAAUAAUACUGGGGGUGAAAUUCAGCAGCGACGGCGAACUAUCGAAGACAUUCUCGGUGCUGGUGGUGGUGGUCAUCUGCCUAUUCGUCGUCGCAUUCGGGUGGUCGUGGGGCCCACUGGGGUGGACGGUGCCGAGUGAGAUAUUCCCGUUGGAGACGCGAUCGGCGGGGCAGAGUAUAACGGUGGCGGUGAACUUAUUCUUCACAUUCGUAAUUGGGCAGUCGUUUCUCUCACUUCUUUGUGCUUUCAAGUUUGGGAUAUUUCUCUUUUUCGCGGGGUGGAUUACGAUUAUGACCGUCUUCGUGUGCCUGUUCUUGCCUGAGACCAAAGGAGUACCCAUUGAAGAGAUGAUCUUCUUGUGGAAGAAGCACUGGUUCUGGAAAAGGAUUGUGAGAUGAUGAGUGCAGAUGUUGUGUUUGAUGAAAUGUCUCCAUGUGUAUUAUUGGAUUUCGCGUACAAUUCAUUAUUAUUGUCUCCA